AUGCAAGGCCAGGGUCUGUGUCUCCGAGUGGCCACCCUGCUGACAGGGCUGCUGGAAUGCCUCGGCUUUGCAGGCGUCCUCUUCGGCUGGGCAUCACUGGUGUACGUCUUCAAAACAGAGCAUUACUUUGACGAGCUGUGUGAACCAGAUGCCGGGGCCACGGGCAACUUCACGGUGCAGCCUGACUGCAAAGCCCAGGAUGAGAGGUUCUCACUUAUCUUCACCCUGGGGUCCUUCAUGAACAACUUCAUGACAUUCCCUGCCGGCUACAUCUUUGACAGGUUCAAGACCACCGUGGCUCGCCUCAUAGCCAUAUUUCUCUAUACCAGUGCCACCCUCACCAUAGCCUUCAUCUCUGCAGACUCGGCCUUCCUGCUCUUCCUGGCCAUGCCCAUGCUCACUGUCGGAGGAAUCUUGUUCCUGAUCACCAACCUGCAGGUUGGGAACCUAUUUGGUAAACACCGCUCGACCAUCAUCACCCUCUACAAUGGAGCAUUUGACUCCUCCUCGGCUGUCUUCCUCAUCAUUAAGCUCCUUUAUGAACAAGGCAUCAGCCUCAAGGCCUCCUUCAUCUUCCUUUCCGUCUUCAGUGCCUGGCAUGUUGGGCGUACUUUCCUCCUGAUGCCCCGAGGGCACAUCCCCUAUCCAGUGCCCUCGAACUACAGCUACGGCCUGUGCUCUGGGAACGACGCCAGGGAGGAAGAGAAGAAAACGGCAGAGUCUGAAAAGCUGGAGCUGCAGUCCAAGGAGUCCCUUCCAGCAAAGGAAGCCACCCCCUGUCUGCCCUCUGCAGUCAGCGCCUACACAAACGCCUUCGCCAUCACUCAGUUCUUCGGAGUGCUGUGUGCCCCCUGGAACGGCCUGCUCAUGGACCGGCUCAAGCAGAAGUACCAGAAGGAAGCGAAAAGCACAGGGUCCUCGGCCAUGACGGUGGCCCUCCGCUCGGCGGUGCCUUCUCUGGCUCUGACGUCUCUGCUGUGCCUGGGCUUUGCCCUCUGUGCCUCGGUCCCCAUCCUGCCCCUCCAGUAUGUCACUUUCAUCCUGCAAGUGAUCAGCCGCUCCUUCCUCUACGGGGGCAACGCAGCCUUCCUCACCCUCGCUUUCCCUGCGGAGCACUUCGGGAAGCUCUUUGGGCUGGUGAUGGCCUUGUCAGCCAUUGUGUCUCUGCUCCAGUUCCCCAUUUUCACCUUCAUCAAAGGCCCCCUCCAGAACGACCCGCUCUACGUGAACGUGAUGCUGGUGCUGGCCACUGUCUUGACGUUUGUCCACCCCUUUAUGGUGUACUGGGAGUGCCGGCGGGAACGGAAGUCCCCCGUGACUGCCUAGCUCCGAAGCUCUUGCUUUUCACGCUGAGGACGCUUUGCUAAUCUUUCCCCACCUUGGAGGACCCCGUGUCCAGGCGCGCUCUGCCUGCCCAGGCUACCGGUAUUAAUUGGCCAUUGCUGUUUCUUUAAAAAAAUAAAAGACGUUUCACGGCCAGCUGACACCCGGAUUAACAAGAGAAGAGGCCCCGUUGCCCCGCUGAUUGCUGUCAGACGGACCCAGAGCAAAGGCCCAUGGAAGUUCUUAGUUUCGGAGCAGGAAGCACAUGACCUUGGUAGACACCCGGUCUAAGGGGAGGUGAUGUGAUGGGGAGGAGGUUUGUCACCUACUUGUUCGGACCUCUUUGGCUGUGAGGCCUCUGUGUGUUGAGCCCUUUGUGCCAGGUAAGCUUCCAGGUGAAGAGUACGGUUGUCGUGACCUUGGCGACAGGGCCCGGCCCUUGGAGGGGGCUCCCUCUAUUAUUUACGUUGGGCAUAACAGAAAACAUUUCUCUGGGGAGUAA